UAGAUGAGGUUUCGAAUGCUUCUCAUCUCUGGUCCUCAAGGUCCAUGUUCCUGCAGAGUUUAGCUUUUAAUCAAAGUCACACGCCUGUAACUUUUAGACGCCUUUUAAUCAGCUUGUUCAGAUGUGUUUGAUUAGACGGCAUUUGACAGCAUUGCUAACGUGAAAGCACAGUUGGUACUUUAAUCGAAAUAAAAUACAGUGAAGCAAACAUCAGCGUCACAUUCUUGCAACGCAUCCAGCAUGACAGAUGAAACGUAUUCGGCAUUGUGUCUGUCUCCCAUGGUUGAAAAAAAUAAAAUUAAAUUCUCUUUCAGUUUAUUGUACAUUUAUGCCCAGAACUGAUCUGUCCCUGCAUGUGACAGAAUAAAUUAAAGCAUUAGUAGCCUCUCUUUAACUGAUUCUUGAGUUCUUCUCUGCCUUCCCCAGCAACACUUGACACCAUGCCAUACAUAUUUGAGGAGUAGCUUUUUGUAGGGGCUCGAUCGUUUUUGUGAAGCCUAAAGAAUUCAGGAAGACAUUUAAACAUGUAGGUUUGUUGUUGUCUUCAGCUUUUUUACUAUGAGCUCAUCCCUUUUGCUGUGGACGCUGAUCUUUUAUUGCCAGAGGAAUCAUAUUCCAUUGGUUGAAUGCGCUUCUGCAGGUUCCCGGCAAUUUCUGCUGAGUUUGAAUCCACAUGCAGUUGUUUAUUAAGGGCUGAGACAAUAAAUCAAAUAUGAGAAGGCAGGCAGGAAGUCAAUAUAACAAGAGCAGUCUGAUCUGUCGACGAGUAUAGGGUAAAUCCGAAAGACAAACACGGUUAAGCAGGCAAUGGGUCUAAACCAGGUAAACUGGAGAUGCUUAUAAAGGCCUCAAACAGGAAAUGAGGAGAGAAGAAGAGAGGCCGGCUAGUUCUCGGGCGAGGCUCCUCUGCUGGUUCGGGCGUCACAGACGACUUGUCAUAGAACAAAAAGGAUUGUCUUUGUGGCGACCCAUCUAAAAGCAAUCCACAAUCCAUAAUUAAUUUGUGAAAUUUUAUUUGUGAAACGGCUCUCGCUUAUGACGUCUGCUUCACAGGCAUAUUAUAUUGUGUGCAUCAACGUCACAAUUUAAUUUAAUGUUUGUUUGGGUUUUUUUUGCCUCCCAAAUUAGUAUAAUAAAAGGAACAAUAAAUAAAUAAAUAAAUAAACGUUUCUGUUCAAAAUGUUAAUGGAUUUUGUUUAUGUUUUCGUAUUUGUUCCUGUUAAAUGUCAUUAGUUUUAGGUUUUUGUUCCUUGAACCAGUUCAGAGUCUUCCUCAUGCACCUAACUGAGAUGUCUGUGCUGUAACAUAUAUAUAUAUAUAUAUAUAUUCAAGACCCAAUUUAUGCUAAUUAAAUAAUGUAAAGUGAUUAUGAAAAGUGCAUUUAGAGAAACGAAUGCGAAUGCUUGCUUUUCAUAAUGUGGCUAAUCCUGAUCUUGUGGAGCUUUCUGCUUCUUCUACGGUCCUUCGUGUGUAUCGUUGAGUUCUUCUGCUUGUGACAGUUUCACACGUUUCUAAUUUUGAGGAAUUUGGUAAGACAAAUGGGGAAGGGGAAGGAAAUUGCAACAUAUUUACGUCAGCACGGAAAAAAGCUCAGUUUUUAAGGUUUUAACUUAGUCAAAGGUGUCAUAGAGUGGCAUUAAUCCUAGAUAAUGUGGAUCUUUCUUCUUCUAUGGUCCUGCGUGUGUAUCGCUGCUGUUAUAGCUCAAACUGCAAUUUUUGGACACAGAGGAGAGCGGCUUGAUAUCAGAUGCCCCUAUAAAUCUGGAUAUGAAUCAAAUUCAAAGUAUUUCUGUAAAGGCGACUGCAACUUUAUAAAUAAAAAAAUCGUGGUUAAAUCAGGAUCUCCAGCUAAAGACGAGAGAUUCUCUCUGACUGACGACAAGAGCAGAAGAGUUUUCACCGUCAGCAUCAGUGACCUGAGAUCAGAAGAUGAGGGACUAUACUGGUGUGCUGUGAAGAGGAGUUUACCUUUACCUGAUGUCUAUUCAGAGAUACUGCUGCAGGUCAGACUGGAUGAAAGGACGACUGAAUUUCAGUUUUUAAUAACAAGCACACUUGUUUCAUCAGCUCCUCUGACUCCUCAAACCCUGUUAGGACAGACGUCUGUGCCUCACUCAGAUUUGUUCAUCAUCAUCCCCUCAGUAGGUCUGGUUUUGCUCCUGAUCUCUGCUGUGCUGCUUGUCGUGGUUGUAAGAAAGAAAAGGAAGAUGUGUGGUCUGGUUUUUUUCUCUGUUGAAGAGCUUCAUGUGACAUCAAGAAAAAGAGAAGAAAACGCUUACGAGAGAGAAAACCCGACCGCGGUGUCGAACAUACACCCGUCUCAAAGUGAUGCCGGUCCUGCUCCAAACGACUUUCACAGUCCGCCGGACCCAGACCUCGACUACGUGAACGCCGCUGCUUCAGUGAGAAGUGACGUGAAUCCAGAUCAGAUCUACACACAACUGGACUCCAGCAGACAGAGUCAAGUCUAUGAGAGUCUCAGAACCAGUUCUGUUCAGAAAGCGUCCGUCUAUCACAGUAUCAAUCAAGCACAAUGAUCUUGGAGAUCUAAUACAUCUAAAAGACUGUCAAUAUCACCAGUUUAUCACGUUCUUGAACUCAAGGGGCCUCGUUUAUAAAUUUUGACCAGAAACCGUCCUCAAUUUAAUCUUGCGAUCAUUUCUACGAUAUGCGAGUGAUUCAUUUUAAUGAUCAUGUCAACGGAAAACACAUAAAUAUCCCAAAUCACAACAGCUUACAUUUACAAAAACCUGACGUGACGCUAAACACUUUUCCACGUCAACAAAGGUUUUUAUAGAUAUGAGCGCUGACUCUACAAUCUAAUUAUAAAAUAAUUUAUAAAUGAGGCCCAAGCUGUAAAUAUGCUACAAAGAUAGAUGUUUACCCAUAUUCUUCUGAGUAUUAGACUUUGUUUCUGUUGUUGUUGUUGUAAAUACAUUUGAAAUAAAAUGUGUUGUCUUUUUAAAACUGGUGGAGACCAAAGACUUAAGAGCAGCUGCAAUCAAGGUCUUUAGCUCGUUCUCUUGGAGUGAGUUCGGUUUUACAGCAAGAAAGCAGGAAACGAAUAUAAUCUUUCAUAACAUCCACAUUUGUGGCCCGUUUGUGGAGUUUCAGUUGUAAAAGGCAAUGAGAAUUGACAAUCUUGGGAAUCUCAUCAGAGGCAGCCCAACCAUAAACAUCACAAGUUAUUGAUGUUUACAAUUGAGGUACGCGGAGGCUCUGAUAUAAUCAGAAGCAAUAAAAUAUCUGCAAUGACA